AUGGUCGUGAUCUGCAUCGGCCCGUGUUGCGUCCCGCUGCACGCGCUGCUGCCGUUCCUCGUCGGGUGGGCGCAUCGACGAGGGUACCUGCGGUGGGUGAGGCAGGAUUGGUUCACGUAUCGGUGGCUGAAACCGAGGGUGAAGCGGGCGUUCGGGUUCGCGCUGACGGAGAAGGAAGAGGGCGUCCUGACGCGCGUCGCGGAGAAGAAGGUCGAGUAG